AUGGAAGACCAGGCACCCGGAAUUUUCCACUCCGUGCGGCCGUUCAUCAGCGUGAUCGACCGGCUGCGCGACGUCGGAUUGAACCAGUACAUCAACUUGCCACGGAUCGUUGUGGUCGGCACGCAGAGCGCGGGCAAGAGCAGCGUGCUCGAGGGCAUCGUCGGCUACGGGCUGCUGCCGCGCGGCGAAGGCGUGGUCACGCGGCGGCCGAUAGAGCUGCGGUUGAGCCACGUGAAAGACAAGCCGAUCAGCGUCGUGUUUGACCAGGACACCGACCACAAGCCGUACUUCGACAUGGACGCCGUGCGCGAGAAGAUUCAGCAGUACACGGACGACACCGCCGGCCGCAACAAAGGCAUCAUCUCGAGCCCGCUGCUGCUGAGCAUUUCGGGCAACGACUGCCCCGACCUCACGCUGGUCGACUUGCCGGGCAUUACGCGCGUGCCGCUAAAGGGGUCGGACCAGACAGACGACAUCGAGGCGUUGACGCGCACGAUGUCCUACAACUACGUGAAAGACCCGCGCACGGUGAUCCUCGCGGUGAUUCCCGCGAACCAAGACAUCAGCACGAGCGACGCGCUGCAGCUCGCGCGGAAAGUCGACCCGCAAGGUGAGCGCACGAUCGGCGUGAUCACGAAGCUGGACUUGAUGGACGAAGGCACGUCGCCGGUCCGCGUGAUUCUCGGGCUCGACAUUCCGCUGCGGCUCGGCUACAUCGCGGUGAAGAACCGCUCGCAGAAGGACAUCAACGAGAACCGCGCGAUCAAAGAGGUGCUCGCAGACGAAGCGGCGUACUUCCGCUCGCGCAAGUGGAUCAACGAGGUGCCGAACGAGAGCGUGGGCAUGCACAACUUGACGGACAAGCUGUCGCGCGUGCUAUACAGCCACAUCAAGGGCUUUCUGCCGAGUCUGAAGAGCGAGAUUACCGGCGCAAUGAAAGAAGCGAGCGACGCGCUGGACGCGCUCGGCGUGAGCAUUCCGCCGAACGCGGCGGGCAAGACGCAGCUGAUCUGGAACAUGCUGAACGAGUUUAGCGAGCUGUUUAACCGCGCGAUCUCGGGCAACUACGACUUGCGACUCGCGCAGUACCUCGACGAGAACGUGUACCGGCUCUGCAGCGGCGCGAAAAUUCGCUCGCACUUCAACCAUCUGCUCGAAGAAGAAGUCACGCACAACGCGAUGGAGCGCAUCACGGACGACGAAAUGGAGCACGCGAUCGCACUGCAUCAGGGCGACACGCUGCCCGGCUUCCCGUCGGCGGACACGUUCAACUACUUGCUCUCGCCGGCAAUCGGCCGGCUGCGCCGGCCGAUCGAGGAGUGCUUGGAGCGCGUGGCGGAGACGCUCGAGCUGUUGACGGAGAAGUUGGUGGGCUCGCUGUUUUACCGCUUCCCUUCGCUGGGCGCGCGAAUUUUGGAGUUGAGCAUCGCGCUGCUGGACAACACGAAGCAGGAGGCGCGGCGCCGGCUGCAGGACGUGGUGGACGCGGAGCUGGGCUACUUGUUCACGAACGACCCGGAGUACUUGCAGGCGCACGGC